AUGGUGUCGAGAACCUACGAUGAGUCCUACUAUGAGGCGAUGGCAUACAAGCACCAUCAUCAUGAGAUCAGCGGACCUCAAGGAAACAGCUACAGUUACUACCAUGACAGCCAGGCCCUCGGUAGCGGUGAGAAAUCCAGCCUGUACCCUCAGGUUACCAGUAGCUCACCGCUUCCGCAUAAGCAGUCCUAUCACAGUGAAGUUCCAAGCUUCUUUGGCGAAGUUGAAUCCGACCGGUACUACGACCGCUGGUCGGCUGCUCCUCAGCCGGUAAUCCAACGCGGCGACUACUAUGAAGAAGAAGACGAAGAAGAAGACCAAAGACGAAUGAACGAGCUGGAAGAGCAUCGACGAGCAAAAGAAGAGGAAGAACGUCGACCGAUCCAUAGGUACGAGGACGCUCGUCGGCAAGCCCGGGCCCGCAAGGAACUACAAGAACGUGCACGCAAGCAAGAGCAAGCUCAAGAAGAAGCGGCAGUGCAAGCGAGGAAGGCCGCAAUUGCAGAGAUGUCUCCCUCAGGAACGAUCCCCAAGGCCAAGUUUCCGCACUUGCUCAGCACCGCCCAUCAGCGUUGGGACUCGGGAUCUACGUUUUUGACUAAAUCUGUCACCACCAACAAGAACACAGCCGCAGGUGGUCCCUGUACCGGUAGUCCAGUUUCGUCCUUCAAGAACCCAAACGAAAUCGGAUUUCGGAAAGGAGAAAGCGACCACUGCUCUGAUAUCUCCAAGGUCAGCUGGGAUCCCCCCUACACAUACUGCGCCGCAUCCAUGCACAGCGAGCGCAAGCCCUUGCAUCUCUGCAAGUCAGAAGAGGAGGACAGCUCUACCCGUGGGAUGGAGAAGAAACAACUGCCCCAUCAUUCUAUUUCGUCUAGUAGUAGUAGAAAGCUACCGCGUCACAGUCUCAAGGGAACAACAACCAGUGUCUGCAGCGGAUCGGAACCAAGUACAUGUAUCAGCCUGAACUACCUGUACCAGUACGAGUCCAGCCAUGACAUUCGCGUGGGAGCCUUUGCCGAGCAGACCAGUGAUGAUGGCUCGUACCGGUAUCCCCUGGAAAGGAAGGAUUCUUCUCGGCAACGAAAACUACCACCACCGGUAGGCCUCAAGAGGCGUGGCAAUGAUGACGACGAUGAUGAUUGCCGCGUUGGGGCCUUUGCACAAAAGCCGCCCCAAAGAAUGGUCACGGUCGAGAUUCAGCCUGGAUUCUCGUUGCCGCUGCGAGGGAGCCAAGAGACUUUGGAAGCUGUACGAGAAGGACGUGUCCUCAACACGUGCUGUUUGGCUUGCUGCACAAAUUUGGUCGUCAAGUACGAUUGUGACUUUGUUAUUUGCCCUGCGGACCAUUGCCGGGUUGUUAGCCCGGUCGAGGGUGGAUUUGGGACCAUGGAAUUUGUUGGGUUGGGAUUUAGGGCUUCGUAA